AUGCAUCCGGAUGAUGAUAAGAUGAAUUCAUUGGUUAGGAAGGUGGUUGAAAUUUUUAAUGGGACAACAUUAAAAGCAUUAAUCGGGGAUGAGCAUAAAGAUAGAAUGGAUGUUGAUAUUAUGAUUGGGCAUGCAAAGGAAGGAGAAAAAUCGGAUGAAGAGAUGAACCAAAUGCUUACUAAUUUAACCAACAAGAUGGGUAAGGAUUUACCAAGUGGGGUCAAGGGUUAUUCUGUAAUGAAUGUCGAUGGUACUACAAAUUUAAAUCUGAGAAUGGAGAGAAUGUCCCCAACAAUCCUGAAGCCAACUGGUAUGUGCAAUGAUAAGGUUCAGGUUGAGGAGCAGGGUGGUUCACAUAAGCAGUAUAUAGGAAAGGAAGUUGUAGUGUACAAUGGGAAUUCUAGUUUUGAUUCUCCGUGUAUAUUAACACCUGGUUGGAUAAAGCAAGUUGAUGAAAUAGAAAGAAACAACUCUAAAAAGAGUAUUAAAUUUAAAAUUGAUGGUCCAUCAUUUGCAUCUAGACUUGAUGAAUGUGCAGAUGAGAUGAAUACUUCGAAAAGGAUUGAUGGUAAUAAUGAUGCAGUUGUUGAUCAAAAGAAAGAGCUGAAAUAG